AGGAGACAGAGUUACCUAUUCCUGCCCCAAAGAAUCCUGGUUUAAAAGGAAAGGGGAAAAAAGGAAAAGGCACUCGUGUUAAUUCUGUGGACUCAACAUCUGCAAAAGAUGCUUCUACAAAUUCAGUUCGGCCGUCCAGUCCUCACAGAAAUCGCCAAUGUCUACAUCCAGCAGUACUGUGUCUCCCACAACUGUCCCUGGAAGUACGAACUCUACUACAACAUUAUCUGCCUCAGCAGUUAGUUCAACAGGUAUCAGUCAGAAUCUUAGAUCAAAUAGCUACGCUGCAAGCGCAGCAACAGAAGCACCGAAAAAGAAUGUCAAUUCUGUAGAUAAAGUUCUUACCAAUACCAAAGUGAACUCUAUACAUUCUAAUGAAAGUCAUCCUCCUCCACAAAUACCUAGUAUUACGCCUCAGACUGCAGUCAUGAACCAAAAAGGACCAGCAAAGGCUAAACGAGGUGUUAAAAGAAAAGCAGAUACAACUACACCACCAGCUGUUAAUAUGAAGGUAGAACCUGAAGUGACACCUCCUAGAGAACCGAAAAUGGCAAAAGUGGCAACACGUCGAGAAAGUGGAAGGCCCAUUAAAAAGCCAUCAAAGGAUUUACCGGAACUUCCUGGAGAUAGGUGUUUGGAUAAUGAGACCAGUUUGUGUAAGCAACCAAGUGUAAAGCCAAAGAAAGGGCGGAUGUCUGAACAGAUGAAGUAUUGCAAUACAGUAUUAAAAGAGCUUUUUGCCAAGAAGCAUGCUGGUUAUGCUUGGCCUUUUUAUAAACCAGUAGAUGCACAACUUCUUGAUUUACCUGAUUAUCACGAAGUUAUAAAACAUCCAAUGGACUUGGGAACUGUAAAAAGAAAAAUGGACAAUCAUGAAUACAAAGUCCCAGAGGAGUUUGCAGGCGAUGUGCGUCUCAUUUUCACAAAUUGCUACAAGUAUAAUCCACCUGACCAUGAAGUGGUUGCAAUGGCAAGGAAAUUACAGGAUGUUUUUGAAAUGAAGUAUGCAAAAAUGCCUGAUGAACCUCCAUCUAAUGAUCUGAACUUAAAUUCACAAAAUGAAAAAACUGAAGAUUCUGCACCGAGUGUAUCUAGUGAUAUGUCAUCUGAUUCUUCUUCUGGUAGUGGUUCUGAAGAUAGUGAAGCUGAAAGAGAAAAGAAGUUGCAAAUGCUCCAAGAACAA